ACCAUUUGAAUGGAAUGAUGAAGAUAGCGAAUGGUCACAAGGGAUGUACUCACGUGUGAUGAAGCUGAAAAUGAACGAUCCAGCACUGAAAAUCCUUCUUUCCUAUGGCGGUUACAAUUUCGGAUCAGCAAUCUUCACUUCAAUAGCAAGAUCGGAGGAUAAACGGAAAUAUUUCAUUCAAUCAGCUAUAGAGUUUCUCCGCAAGCAUAAAUUUGAUGGAUUCGAUUUUGACUGGGAAUAUCCAACCGAUGUGGCCGAGGAACAUGCCAAACUUGUUGCGGAAAUGAAAGCAGCAUUUGUGGAAGAAGCCAAGAAAUCUGGCAAGCAACGAUUGCUUCUUACUGCCGCUGUAGCAGCCGGGAAAGCGACUAUUGAUCAAAGCUACAAUAUUCAGUCACUUGGAAAAAGUUUCGAUCUUCUAUUUCUGAUGUCGUAUGAUUUACAUGGCACUUGGGAGAAGAAUGUCAACUUGCACGGGAAAUUAUAUCCAACAGGUGGAGAAAAUUCCGGAACUGACGACUUGAAUACCGAAUUUGCAGCAAAUUAUUGGGCAAGUAAGGGUAUGCCGAAGCAGAAAAUUAUCAUUGGGAUCCCGACUUAUAGCCGGGGAUGGACAUUAGACAAUCCUUCAGAAACAGCAAUUGGGGCAGGAGGUAAUCAUCCAUCGUCACCAUCGAUGACAAAUCCCGCUGGCGGUACUGCAGCUUAUUGGGAGAUAUGCAAAUAUUUGAAAGAAGGUGGCAAAGAAAUAGUCGAUAAAAAAAGUGUUGGAGCGUAUAUGGUAAAAGGAAAUCAGUGGCACGGUUAUGAUAAUGUGGAAACUAUCAAAAUUAAAAUGAAAUGGCUCAAAAAAAAAGGUUAUGGCGGUGCUUUUAUAUGGACUCUUGAUUACGAUGAUUUCAAGGGUACAAGUUGUGGCAAAGGUCCAUAUCCGUUAAUGAAUGCUAUCAAUAGUGAGCUUGGAAGUGGCUCCAUACCUACGGUGAAGAAUUUAUUACCAUUUCAUUAUGAUUUGUUGCAUGUCAGAAAGUAUCGUUUAUCUAGACCGGAACUUAGAAAAUUGAAAUUUAAUUUGUAUGAUAUUGUAAAAUUCAUAGCAGAAUACUAUAUAUCAUAUAUUAUUGCAAAUGGAAUUGCCAAUUUUUUAGAUUUUCAUUCUGUCCCAAUAUCCUGA